CCAAGGGAUCGCUGGAAAAGCGAAAGGCGCCCGCUAAGCUCUCUAGUUGCCUCAUCUCCCCCACGCUCCCUUGCAUCACCCACGGCUUCUCGCCCAUCAACACCAUCAUCAACCACGAUGUGAUGCUUCAUCGCUCGGUAUCCGCAUUCCAAUAACAUUUCAUCAUCACCGGAAUGCGGGAGAAAAUCAACUCCCUUGGCUGCCACCAAAAUUCGACCCGGUUCUCGGAUCCACGACAGACAUCCAACGCGUGCUGUGUAACUCCAGGGGAAACCCAGGGGAAACCCAAUGCCGACGACGCUUUCGAUUGCUUUUGCACUACAGCCCAUCUUCUCUUUGUCAAACUGGUCUUGUUCGCAAUAUCGUUCUGGGUCUGUGGGCUGUCGUCGCGUGGUACUUGUCCACCGCGCUGGAGACCGUCCACGAGUAGAUGGGCGAGUAAUGAGGCUCAAUCCAUGUCCAUCGUCAGACUAGCGGAACGUCAGUCAAGACAUCUCGGGCCACCGCCCAAAUGUGUUCAGAACACAACACCAAAUCAUCACAAAGCGCGCCUGCCAUCCUCCAAGCCCAAUCUUCCACGCUGGUCUGUGACUCGCCGCCUCUCUUUCUUUUGCUCUCCAGCUGCAAGCCCACAUCUGCUCACAGCGAGCUUUCCAAAGACCUCGGACAGGGUUGUCGUCCCUACGAAUGGGUACUCGCUCCCCGAGGAUCCCGUACCGUCCCGCUUGCAACCACAGGGCUCGGUCCAUGGACCACAGGCAAUGGUCCACAAACCAUACCCGGACGACUGGAAGGCUAGGCGUGCUAGGGCAGAUCAAGGGAUCUUUGACAAGUGUCGACUGUCGUUAUCUUUGCGCCAAGCUGGCAUGGCCGCCCCCUGCAUCGGCUUUGGAUGAGGACAUUUACACUGCAGCGGCGCGGCCUCCCUGCCGGAAGUAUGCGUGCGAAUAGCAUCUGCGUGCCAGUGCCGC